CUAAUCUAUAUUCUAACCUAACCUAUGUUUGCCGGCUGAACAAACUUGUGACAAAGUGGACAAGAAUUGUGUUUAUUUUGCAUAAAAUAUUGCAUAAAAUAUUGUUUGUAGAUGUGCUAAAAGAAUUUAAACUAGAAACAUAAAAUAAAAUUAAAUUGUUUUAUCAAGACAACAAAAAAUGUCGACGUUAAUAUUAAGAUCUUUUGUAUCGCCGUUGAAUCGGAGUUCUGCCAAUAUUUUCAAAAAGUUUAGGAACAUGAGCACAUCAAAACAACUUUGGCAAGAAUCUAACUUGCCUAAAAUACCUCCAAAAAUUAAAAAAAAAUCACCUAUUACAUGGAAAAGUUUGACAAUUUCAAGUGUUAUUGGUGUUGGUAUCUUGCUGUAUAUAAAUCAUUUAAAGAAUGAAAAAGACAGAAUGGUUGCAAAAGAGAGAAAACGGCAAUUGGGCAAAGCUAAGAUUGGAGGAAAAUUUGAAUUGGUGAAUACGGAAGGAAAAACAGUAAAAUCUGAUGACUUUUUAGGCAAGUGGGUGCUAAUAUAUUUUGGAUUUACACAUUGUCCAGAUAUUUGUCCGGAUGAAAUUGAAAAAAUGGCAAAAGUGGUAGAUAUACUUGAAAAAGAACAUGAUAUAAAAAUACAGCCACUUUUCAUAUCAGUGGAUCCGGAGAGAGAUACACCUGUCAUUGUUGGCAAAUACAUCAAAGAAUUCUCCGAUAAAAUCAUUGGCCUCACAGGGACCAAUGAACAAGUUGCAAAAGCGUGCAAAGCUUACAGAGUUUAUUUCAGUAGUGGUCCGAAAGACCAAGAUGAGGAUUAUAUUGUUGACCAUACUAUUAUCAUAUACUUGAUCGAUCCGGAAGGCUCGUUUGUCGAUUACUAUGGACAAACACAUGAUGUAGACAAGAUCGUAACAAGUGUUAUUGUAAACAAGUUAAAAUACGACCAAUUAAAGGGUGAUUCUUAUUCUUGGUUCCCGUCGUUGCCGGUCAAAGGAGUGUUAUAAGUGCCGUGACAUUCCUGUCAAAUUAUUUUUGAAUUAGUAUUGUACAAUGAAAGGUUUUUAUGCCUAACAUUUAUGCAUAUAGCAUAUUAAUAUAUAUUAUAUAACAAAUAUAAUAUAUAUAUAUAUGUGUGUGUGUAUGCAUAAUGAGCAUUGUGUAUAUAUGUAUAAUAAUUUAGUUUUGGCAACAUAAUAAAUUGAUAAAAAGUGGAUGGAAGAAGGUAUUUGAUUUGAUGUGGAAAACCUUGGAUUUGCACAAUCUAUAUAUAUGUAUACACGAUAAAUAUAAUAAAAGAUUUAUUACA